CGGGCACGCACCGCGACCGCCACCAACCCUGCCCCCCCUGCCCUGCCGUGAUCUGAUCCCAUCCGAAUCACCACCGAUCAGACCCGUGCCGCGCCACACCACGCUACCAGAGCAGAGCCCCGCGCGCGCAUCCAACCUCUCUCCUGGACACCCGCGGGCGGACGGAGCCCAUCCGCGCCGGCUAGAGCGCAGCGCAGCGCAGCGUUCUCUCGCCGGGCCUUAACCUUGCUUCGCCCCUCUCGGAACCCGAUCCGAUGGGAUCGCUCACGGGGUCGCCGGAGGGCACGGCGGCGGCGGAGGCGGAGUGGUCCGACGAGGCGGUCGUCUACGUCAACGGCGUCCGCCGCGUGCUCCCCGACGGCCUCGCCCACCUCACCCUGCUCCAGUACCUCAGAGAUAUCGGCCUUCGAGGGACAAAGCUUGGAUGUGGUGAAGGUGGUUGUGGAGCCUGCACUGUCAUGGUCUCUUGCUAUGACUUAACUACAAAGAAAUCACUGCAUUUUGCAAUCAAUGCAUGCUUGGCUCCACUUUAUUCUGUGGAAGGAAUGCACAUAAUCACAGUUGAGGGAAUUGGAGAUCGCCAACGAGGUUUGCACCCUGUUCAGGAAUGUUUAGCCAAGGCGCAUGGUUCACAAUGUGGGUUCUGCACCCCUGGUUUUGUGAUGUCGAUGUAUGCACUGCUGAGAUCUAGCAAAGAGCCUCCUACUGAAGAACAGAUCGAAGACUGCCUUGCAGGAAAUUUGUGUCGGUGUACUGGCUACCGACCAAUUAUAGAUGCCUUCCGUGUUUUUGCCAAAACAGAUAAUUUGGUGUACACCAAUUCAUCUUCACAAAACACAGAUGGCCAAGCUAUCUGCCCUUCAACUGGGAAGCCAUGUUCUUGCCAAAAUGAGGCAGAUGCCAAUGUCAAUUCUUCACUACCAUCAUCUGUGGAAAGAUAUUCACCUUGUUCAUACAAUGAAAUUGAUGGAAAUUCAUAUGAUGACAAAGAACUCAUCUUCCCCCCAGAACUUCAGUUGAGAAAAGUUAUGCCACUUAAAUUAAAGGGGUAUAAUGAGAUUAGGUGGUUUAGACCUCUUAAACUAAAUCAAGUACUACAUUUGAAAUCAUGCUAUCCAGAUGCAAAGCUUAUCAUUGGUAACUCAGAAGUGGGAGUUGAAACAAAGUUUAAGAAUGCCCAAUAUAAGGUCAUGAUCUCAGUCACUCAUGUUCCGGAGCUUAAUACUCUCAAAGUUAAAGAAGAUGGCAUACACAUUGGUUCUGCUGUAAGACUUGCACAGCUUCAAAAUUUCCUUAAGAAGGUUAUUGCAGAACGUGAUUUACCUGAAACUUCAUCAUGUCAGGCAAUAGUACGUCAGUUAAAAUGGUUUGCAGGAACACAAAUCAGGAAUGUUGCUUCUGUUGGUGGUAACAUUUGUACCGCUAGUCCAAUAUCGGACCUGAAUCCACUUUGGAUGGCUAUUGGUGCAAAAUUCCAGAUAACAGAUGUGAACGGCAAUGUUCGAACUACACUCGCAAAAGAUUUCUUUCUUGGUUACCGUAAAGUUGACAUAAAACCUAAUGAAAUAUUACUUUCUGUCAUACUACCAUGGACAAGGCCUUUUGAAUAUGUGAAAGAAUUUAAACAGGCACAUAGAAGGGAGGAUGACAUUGCUUUGGUAAAUGCGGGAAUGCGUGUGUAUUUAAGAGAAACUGAAGGAAAAUGGAUAAUAUCUGAUGUCUCAAUUGUCUAUGGAGGGGUAGCUGCAGUUCCACUCAGUGCUUCAAAGACUGAAAACUUCCUUACUGGAAAGAAUUGGAACUUUGAGUUGUUAGAUGAUACCUUCAAUCUGUUAAAAGAAGACAUCCCUCUAUCAGAGAAUGCACCUGGUGGAAUGGUUGAAUUCCGCAGAUCACUUACUUUGAGUUUCUUCUUCAAAUUUUUUCUUUCUGUUACUCAUGAUAUGAACAUGAAAGGAUUGCUGGAAGAUGGAUUGCAUGCUGAUCAUGCAUCAGCUAUACAACCGUACAGUAGGCCUGUUGCUGUUGGGACUCAAGGUUAUGAAAUAGUGAAGCAAGGAACCUCAGUAGGCCAGCCAAUGGUUCAUAUGUCAGCUACGCUUCAGGUCACUGGUGAGGCUGAAUAUACUGACGACACACCGACACCCCCUAAUACUUUGCAUGCUGCUCUGGUGCUGAGUAAGAAGGCUCAUGCUCGCAUAUUGUCAAUUGAUGAUUCAAUUGCCAAAUCUUCCCCUGGCUUUGUUGGGCUGUUCCUUUCGAAAGACAUUCCUGGUACUAACCAUACUGGACCAAUUAUUCAUGACGAGGAGGUUUUUGCAUCAGAAGUUGUUACUUGUGUUGGUCAGACAAUUGGAAUUGUUGUAGCUGAUACCCAUGAUAAUGCGAAAAAUGCCGCCAACAAAGUACAUAUUGAAUAUUCCGAGCUACCAGCAAUUUUAUCAAUAGAGGAUGCUGUCAAGAAUGGAAGCUUUCAUCCAAAUACCAAGCGAUGCCUUGGAAAAGGCGAUGUUGAACAAUGUUUCAUGUCUGGUGCUUGUGACAGAAUCAUAUCAGGAGAAGUGCAAGUUGGAGGCCAAGAGCAUUUUUACAUGGAACCUCAAGGCACUCUGGUCUGGCCAGUUGAUUCUGGAAAUGAAAUGCAUAUGGUCUCGUCUACUCAAGCUCCUCAGAAGCAUCAGAAGUAUGUUGCUAAUGUUCUUGGUCUUCCACUAUCAAAAGUAGUAUGCAAGACUAAGCGUAUUGGUGGCGGAUUUGGUGGAAAAGAAACUAGAUCAGCAGUAUUCGCUGCAGCAGUAUCUGUACCAUCAUAUUGUCUAAGAAGGCCAGUAAAGCUUAUUUUGGACAGAGAUGUUGACAUGAUAUCAUCUGGGCAGAGGCACAGUUUCCUAGGGAGAUACAAGGUGGGAUUUACCAACGAUGGAAAGAUACUGGCCCUAGACCUGGAAAUUUAUAACAACGGUGGUAAUUCACUUGAUCUGUCCCUUGCAGUCCUGGAGCGUGCUAUGUUUCAUGCAGAAAAUGUCUAUGACAUAUCUAACAUCAGAGUCAGUGGGCAAGUAUGCUUUACAAACUUCCCAAGUAACACUGCUUUCAGAGGUUUUGGUGGUCCACAAGGCAUGUUGAUUGCAGAAAAUUGGAUUCACCAUAUAGCUUCAGAACUCCAACGAAGUCCUGAGGACAUAAAAGAGCUUAAUUUCCACAAUGAUGGAACUAUGCUGCAUUAUGGCCAGUUGCUCCAGAACUGUAAAAUAAGGUCAGUAUGGGAUGAGCUAAAGGCAUCUUGUAAGUUUAUGGAAGCUCGCAAAGCCGUUAGAAGUUUUAACAGUAAUAAUCGAUGGCGGAAGCGGGGAAUUGCCAUGGUUCCAACAAAAUUUGGCAUAUCCUUCACUGCCAAAUUCAUGAAUCAGGCUGGUGCGCUUGUUCAAGUUUACACUGAUGGCACUGUCUUGGUAACCCAUGGUGGGGUUGAGAUGGGACAGGGUUUGCACACUAAGGUUGCCCAAGUUGCUGCUUCGUCAUUCAAUAUCCCUCUUAGCUCUGUAUUUAUCUCAGAGACAAGUACCGAUAAGGUUCCAAAUGCAUCACCAACAGCAGCCUCUGCCAGUUCAGAUUUAUAUGGAGCUGCAGUUUUGGAUGCCUGUCAGCAAAUCAAGGCUCGGAUGGAACCCAUUGCUAGCAGGGGAACCCACAACUCCUUUGCUGAGUUGGCUCAAACAUGCUACAUGGAACGUGUGGAUCUCUCUGCUCAUGGAUUUUAUGCCACACCUGAUAUUGGGUUUGACUGGGAUGAUGGCAAGGGAACUCCAUUCCUUUAUUUCACUUAUGGGGCUGCAUUUGCCGAAGUUGAGAUUGACACUCUAACUGGGGAUUUUCACACAAGAACAGCCGAUAUUGUUAUGGACCUCGGCUUUUCAAUUAAUCCAGCAAUUGAUAUUGGCCAGAUUGAAGGAGCUUUCAUACAAGGUUUGGGUUGGGUAGCCUUGGAAGAGUUAAAAUGGGGUGAUCAAAACCACAAGUGGAUUCGACCUGGACACCUCUUCACCUGUGGACCUGGCGCUUACAAAAUACCAUCUGUAAAUGACAUACCUCUGAACUUCAAGGUUUCACUAUUAAAGGGGGCUCCAAAUCCAAAGGUCAUACAUUCUUCCAAAGCCGUAGGAGAGCCACCGUUCUUCCUCGGCUCUGCUGUUCUCUUUGCGAUAAAGGACGCGAUCUUCGCUGCGAGGGCUGAUGAGGGCCACAAGGAGUGGUUCCCCCUGGACAACCCGGCGACACCUGAAAGGAUAAGAAUGGCGUGUGUCGAUUCCAUCACGAAGAAAUUCGCCAACGCAGAUUAUCGGCCCAAGCUUAGUGUAUAAUGGCUGCUGCGCGGAUGCGGGAGCAGAUCGUGGACAGAAGCAGCCGGCGCUUGUAAAGUUCGAAGCCAUUGUAAAGGGGGCCGUGUAGGGUCGCUGAACAUUGAUCUGUGCCUGCAAAUAAAGGUGGAAAAUCUGUGUAAUGUGUUUUUGAAGAAGUAAAAUCAGUGUAAUGUAAUGUCAGGUGUACAGGAUAUAAAGCAGUACAGCAAGUGCUUACCUCAGCUAUAAAAAAGGUGACGCGUCAUAUACUCGUGCCGCUUCAAAA